CGAGGCCACCUGCCUGAGACCAUGAAACUCCUCAGUUACAUCUUACUUUACCGUCGGCUUCUCCUUAUAGCUGUCAGUUUGCUGGGCUUCUUGCCGCUUCCGCUCAUUAUCUCCACUAAGGAAGCACAAUGUGCCUAUGUACUCAUUGUUGUUGCCAUAUUUUGGGUGACAGAGGCUUUGCCUCUGUCAGUAACAGCUUUGCUGCCCGGAUUAAUGUUCCCCAUGUUUGGAAUCCUGUCUUCUACGCAGGUGGCAUCGACUUAUUUCAAAGACUUUCACCUUCUGUUAAUUGGAGUCAUCUGUUUAGCAACAUCAAUAGAAAAGUGGAACUUGCACAAGAGGAUUGCUCUCAGGAUGGUGAUGAUGGUGGGUGUGAACCCAGCAUGGCUAACCUUGGGAUUCAUGAUCAGCACUGCCUUCCUAUCUAUGUGGCUUAGCAACACCUCUACUGCUGCCAUGGUGAUGCCCAUCGUGGAGGCCGUGUCACAGCAGAUCAUUAGUGCUGAAGCAGAGGCUGAGGUCAACCAGAUGACUUAUAUCAACGAGGCUGCCAACGUUGGACUGGAUAUUGAUGAAACUGCUAUGGGACAAGAAACAAAGCCGAAGAACGAGAAAACAAAACCAUUGCCAGAGUAUAGUAAUGAUACCGGGGAAAUUUCAAGCAAGAUGGAGACUCGAAAGAAUUCUGUCACAGGAAAAAAAUAUCGAUCAAAGAAGGAUCACAUGAUGUGCAAACUUAUGUGUUUGUGUAUUGCUUACUCUUCUACCAUUGGCGGACUGACCACAAUCACUGGUACCUCCACCAACUUGAUCUUCACUGAGCAUUUCAAUACACGCUACCCUGAUUGUCAGUGCCUCAACUUUGGAUCAUGGUUUUUAUUUUCCUUCCCGGUUUCUGUCAUUAUUCUGCUGUUGUCCUGGAUCUGGCUUCAAUGGCUUUUCCUGGGAUUCAAUUUUAAGGAGAUGUUCAAAUGCGGCAAAAACAGAACAGCUAAAGAAAAAGCUUGUGCUGCAGUGAUUGAACAAGAAUACCAAAAACUUGGGCCAAUGAGGUAUCAAGAAAUUGUGACCUUGGUCCUCUUCAUUACAAUGGCCCUGCUAUGGUUCAGCCGAAAUCCAGGAUUUGUUCCUGGUUGGUCUGUACUUUUUGCAAAGUACGCUGGUUUUGUAACCGAUUCAACUGUUGCCUUAGUUAUAGGACUCCUUUUUUUCCUGAUCCCAGCAAAGAUAUUGACUAAAACUACAUCGACAGGAGAAAUUGUUGCUUUUGAUUAUUCUCCACUGAUUACUUGGAAAGAAUUCCAGUCAUUCAUGCCCUGGGAUAUAGCCAUUCUUGUUGGUGGAGGAUUUGCUCUGGCAGACGGCUGUCAGGAGUCAGGACUAUCUAUGUGGAUAGGAAAUAAAUUAUCUCCUUUAGGUUCAUUACCAGUAUGGCUAAUAAUUCUGAUAUCUUCUUUGAUUGUCACGUCUUUGACAGAGGUAGCCAGCAAUCCAGCUACCGUUACCAUUCUUCUCCCAAUAUUGUCUCCAUUGGCUGAAGCCAUUCAUGUGAACCCUCUUUACAUUUUGCUGCCUUCUACUCUGUGUACCUCAUUUGCGUUCCUUCUCCCGGUAGCAAAUCCACCCAAUGCUAUUGUUUUUUCAUAUGGCCAUCUGAAAGUCAUUGACAUGGUUAAAGCUGGACUUGGUGUUAAUAUCCUUGGUGUUGCUGUGGUGAUGCUCGGCAUACUUACCUGGAUUUCAUCUAUGUUUGACCUUCACACCUACCCAUCUUGGGCUCCUAUAAUUAGUAAUGUGACCAUGCCAUGACGGGCGCAGAAUUUCUUUCCAUCUCUUGGUGACUCUGAGGGAACCAUUAAGAAUUCACUGGAACAUAUGACUGUGUGUAACUACUGACAUUAAGGCAGCCAUAGUACAGCAGCUGCGGUUCCAGUGAAUUCGUGAAACCAGCUGUCAUAGCCGGGGCCCCAACUUUGUGUUGGGCCGUGAUGGACGAGUACCUGUCUGCCUUCACUGAGGGGCUUAGGUUUGAGCUUCUGCCCAUGGACUGUCUGCACCUUGCCUCCUCAUAAGAACAAUUUAUAAUUUGACUUUCAGAGAGGUUAGGCCACUUCGUUUACCUCAAAAUCAGAGUUCAGUGUAACAGUUCAAACAUUAAUUUAUUAAUUUAGAAACUUUCCAUGAAAUUAAGAACAGUAUACAAGUCAAUUCGCUACUGGGAUACAUCAUUUCUAUAGUGCUGUUCAAAGAAUUUGCUGAGAAACAAAGCCAUGGUCAUCUGGUGGUGUAGAAAAUUGCCUAAUGAAUGCAUUUCCUCACUUAAGUAAAAUUCAACAGGAUUAUUCUUAAUACACAUAGUAUAAAAUUGAAAUUGAAGAAGUACAUUAUUCUAAAUUUAUAACAAUCACAGAAAACUCAUUGGUAAUGAUUAAUUUCUACUUGAUCAGAUUGGUAGAAUAUUGAUCCAUACUUUCUGACAUCUGCACUGAGAAAUGUGUUUUGGAAAGCUGUGAAGAAGGCUUAAUAUGAUUUGUACUAUUCACAUUGUGUAGUAAGAAAAACAGCUAAACAUGAAACUAUUCACACACUUUUCAGUGUUUAUCUUCAUUCAGAAAUGCAGAAUUUCAUCUGUAAAAAAGGAGACAUAGAAAUGUAAAUGAAUUAUCAGUAUGUACAUGGAAAUAAAAAAGUCUUGUGAGUCCUCAUAUCAAAGCUGAAAUGAAAUAUUAGUGCAAAAAAUAAAUAAUAAAAAGUUAAAAUUUGAUAUAUUUACAAAAAUGUCAUUUAUGA